AUGGCGAGUAGCAGGCCAACGGCCAAAAGAGUAGUAGUGUACAGAAAUGGGGACCCUUUCACCCCAGGCCACCAGCUGGUGGUGACUCAACGCCGCUACCCCACCAUGGAGGCCUUCCUAUAUGAUGUAACAUCAGCCGUACAAGCCCCACUGGCUGUACGUGCCCUCUACACGCCUUGUCACGGCCACCCUGUCACCGACCUGGCAGACCUACAGAAUGGAGGACAAUAUGUGGCUGCUGGCUUUGAACGAUUCCACAAGCUCCCCUACUUACCCCCGGGAGGGAAGAAGCCAGGUGGAAAGACCGGCAGACCACAAGACCCUCCCAGGACUUGCUACCAGUGUGAUGGGGCCCUUGGACAAUGGCUUCCUGCAGGUGCCCCCUGCUAUAUCCAUGUGUUCAGGAAUGGGGACCUGCUAAGUCCCCCAUUUAGUCUGAAGUUGUCUCAGGCUGCCAUUGAGGAAUGGGCAACUGUGUUGAAGCUCCUGACUGAGAAAGUCAAGUUGCAGACUGGGGCUGUACACAAACUCUACACACUGGAGGGGGUCCCGCUGUCUGCAGGGAUGGCUCUUGUGAAUGGCCAUUACUAUGUAGCUGUGGGAGAGGAUGAAUUCAAGGCCCUGCCUUAUCUGGAGCUGCUGGUGCCCAGCCCCUCCCUGCCCAGGGGCUGCUGGUAUCCUCUGAACCCAAAGUAUGGGCCCCACAGGCGGGAGGGCAACAGGGCACCUGACACCCUGCACUCUCCAGAGGAAGCAGCAGGACAAACUGAGCCCUCUGCUUUCUAUGCCAGACCCCAGCAGGCUAUUCAGUCAAGAAACAUUCUUCCUACUCCCUCAUUUCCAUCAGGAGUGAAGGGAGUGUACAGGGCUCCUCACCCAAGGAAGGAGACAGCAGGGGCCCAGGAAGUUGCAGAUGAUAAAGACACUUGGCCGGAGGAGCCUUUAGAUCAGAAGGCAGCACAAACAGUAGAAGAAGCCCUGUCCUUGGAACACCAGUCUUAG